AUGAAUUUCACUGCUGGAAUGGAGAAUUUCAGCCUCACCACCACAAAUGACUCAGACAAACUGUGUUAUCCAGCUGACUACCCCGAGGAGAGGAAACCCUUUUUCUUUCUGUACCUGGUCAUCAUUAUCAUUGGGAUUCCAUCCAACUCCUUCUCCCUCUAUGUGUCCUGGCAGCACAUCAGACAGAGGAACGAGCUGGGUGUUUAUCUGUUUAACCUGGCCCUGUCUGACCUCCUAUUCACCAUAGGUCUGUCUCUGUGGGUGGACUUGCAUUGGCGCGGUGUCUGGCUUCGCGGGGAGGCUGUGUGCGUCAUCUCUGUCAUCCUCCUCUUUACAAACUUCUACACCAGCGAUGGGCUGCUUUGCUGUAUCGCCCUGGACCGUUACCUAGCUGUGGUCCACCCGCUGAAAUACCCAGUCCUGAGAAGGCUGAACACGGCCAUUGUGAUCAGCGUGGCUAUCUGGGUGCUGGUGAUCUCCUUCAACGCGGCCACAAUCACCUGGAUAGACUUGUACGACUUGGAGAUCUUCGACAUGUACCCUCUGAGGGACAGGCUGGUGCAGGUCAACUUGACUCGCUUUGUCCUGGGUUUCCUGUUUCCUGUCCUGCUGGUGUCGUUCUGCUGCCGGGGAAUCUGUGUAGCGGUCCGCUCCAACCGGGCCACAGAGGAUCAGGAGAGGAGACGGGUGUCAAGACUCCUGGGGGUGGUGCUGCUCACCCUGGGGCUCUGCUACGGACCCAUCCACGUUAUUAUGCUCCUGUGGGAUCUUCUGGAGCACUGUCGGAGACCCUCCUGGCUUUUCCUGCCUUAUAAGAUCAGCAUGGCCAUGUCAGCCCUAAACAGCCUGGCUGACCCCUUCCUCUACUGUUUCAUCACCAGACUGGGCAAGGCCAACGUCACACAGGUGGUACACUUCCUCCAGGGGAGGAGAGAGGGGAUCGGUCAGGAGGUGGUGUAG